AUGUGGUUGGCAAUCGGCUCGUCGUCGCUGACGCCACCCACGCCGCAGCUUGCUCGAGUCGCCGGGCUGCGAGUCCUCGCUCAGUCACCCGCGGUGCUCGUGGUCGACAAGCCGAGCGGUCUUAGAUCCACGCCCGCCUUUGUGGGCGGCACCGCCGGAAGCACCCGGAAAAAGCGCUGGUGUGCCGCCGCCUCGACGCUGCUCGAGCUCCCGCCGCGCCUGCGCUCGCACGCUGCGAUUCUGCCGCGGACGCGCGACAAGUUUGUGCGCUUUGCAGUCAGCCGCGCUGGGCUUGGCGAGAGCGAGGCGGCGGUGGCGUGGCAGGCGCUGGUCCGCGCAAACGAGGAACAGGACGCGCGGGACGGCGUGACGGAGGUCGACUCGGUCCUACGCCGCGUCCGCGCAGCGAGCGGCGGGUUUGCUCAAGCGCGGCUGGUCCAUCGGCUGGACGCGUCCACCUCUGGCGUCCUCGCGCUGGCACUCGACGCGCCCUCCGCCGCGGCGCUGUCGCAGCAGUGGCGAGACCGAUCCGUGAGCAAGCGGUACGAAGCGGUCGUCGCCGGCGCCCUGCCCGACGGCUCUGGCGAGGUCUGCCUCGCCCUCUCCCGCUGCGCCGUCGCAGACCGGUUGGGCCUCACACGUAUGGUGCCUGCUCGCGAUGGCUUGCCCUGUCGCACCACGUACACCGUGACACGCCGGCACGCGAACGGAGCUGGCGCUUGGGCCGGUGGCAGUGGCAGUGGCAGAGAUGACGACGACCGUGGUUCCGCCGGUUUCACCACCACCGUCGAGCUAACGCCGCACACGGGUCGCCUCCACCAGCUGCGGGCUCACAUGGCGGCCAUCGGCCACCCGAUCCUUGGCGACGACAUAUACUCCGGCCCGGCUGCGACGCGCCUCUGCCUACACGCAAAGAGCCUCGCCUUUGUCGAGCCGGCAUCAGGGCAAACAUGGCGCGUGGACAGCCACUGUGACGACUGGGGCGCCGCGAUAACAUAA